CCGCCGCCGCAUCAAAGAGACCGAAUUCCCGCGGCCUGGGGGGGAGUCAUGCUCCGAGGUCUGUAAUGUCCGCGGAACAGGAGAAGGAUCCCAUUUCGCUGAAGAGAGUUCGAGGCAUUUUGGCUGCCUGCCGCCUUACCACUCUCUAAGAAACAUCAGAGGGAGCCAUGUACCAGACAAAAGACGAUGCAUGUGGUGAUAGUGGACUGGAUGGGUUAGGAGGACCAGGUGUACAACUAGGAAGCCCCGAUAAGAAAAAAAGGAAGACAAACACACAGGGGCCUUCUUUUCCUCCAUUGUCUGAGUAUGCUCCGCCACCGAAUCCAAACUCUGACCAUCUAGUGGCUGCUAAUCCAUUUGAUGACAACUAUAAUACUAUUUCCUAUAAACCACUACCUUCGUCAAAUCCAUAUCUUGGCCCUGGGUAUCCUGGUUUUGGAGGCUACAGCACAUUCAGAAUGCCACCUCACGUCCCCCCAAGAAUGUCUUCCCCAUACUGUGCUCCUUACUCGCUCAGGAAUCAACCACACCCAUUUCCUCAGAAUCCUCUGGGCAUGGGUUUUAAUCGACCUCAUGCCUUUAACUUUGGGCCACACGAUAAUUCAAAUUUUGGAAAUCCAUCUUAUAAUAAUGCACUAAGUCAGAAUGUUAAUAUGCCUAAUCAACACUUUAGACAAAAUCCUGCUGAAAACUUCAACCAGAUUCCUCCACAGAACGCUGGCCAGGUUUCUAAUCCCGAGUUGGCAUCUAACUUUAUCCCUGGAAAUAAUUCAAAUUUUGCUUCUCCAUUAGAAUCUAAUCAUUCUUUUAUUCCUCCCCCAAAUACUUUUGGUCAAGCAAAAGCAGCACCACCCCCAAAACAAGAUUUUAAUCAAGGAUCAACCAAAAGCACUAAUCAAAAUUCCUCUGCUCAGCCACCGCACUUAAAUAUGGAUGACACGAUGAAUCAGAGUAAUAUUGAAUUAAAAAACGUUAACCAAAACAAUGCAGUAAAUCAAGAGAAUAGCCGUUCAGGUAGUGCUGAAGCUACAAACAACAGCCAUGCAAAUGGGACACAGAAUAAGCCACGACAGCCCAGAGGUGCAGCAGACACAGGCACCACGGAGAAAAGCAAUAAAUCCUCUCUCCACCCAAGCCGCCGCGGCCAUUCUUCUUCCGACCCAGUGUAUCCGUGUGGGAUUUGUACAAACGAAGUGAAUGAUGAUCAGGAUGCCAUCUUAUGUGAAGCCUCUUGUCAGAAAUGGUUUCAUCGGAUCUGCACUGGAAUGACUGAGACAGCGUAUGGCCUGCUCACUGCAGAAGCAUCAGCAGUGUGGGGCUGUGAUACCUGUAUGGCUGACAAAGACAUCCAGCUGAUGCGCACUAGAGAAACUUUUGGCCCGCCUGCAGUGGGCAGCGAUGCUUAAUCACAGGCAUUAACUGAUGUGAGGGGUUUUUUCCUGUGUGUUACAGAGGUUCAUUGACACAGGAUUUGAAUGUUUUACAAUAUUUUUUUUAAAUGCACAUGCAAAAAAAAGAUGAUUUACCUUUUAGUUUUUAUUAAUAUUCCACUCCGUUACUAGUGCAAAUUUUGUAUUAUCUUAGUUUGUUAUCUAGGAUAAUAUAUAUAUGGGAGUGCUUUAGAAAGUAUUUUACAAAUAAAUGUUAGUUGUUGUUAAUUAUAAAAGCCUCUUGAAGCUUCAAAAUAAUAUGUAGCAAAUGUAGGCAAGUUUUGACUUAAAAGUUAGAACCAUUGAAAAGUGUAUAUUUCAGUGCUAAACUUUGGCAAUAUCACAAACAUUUAGUUCAAAAAUAUUUUUGAGGAUCCAUUUAAUGUGGUGUUUGGAAAAUAUAUUUUUAUUUAUUUUAGAGAGGGA